AUGGCGUCGACACAGCAAAGACAGCAGGAUACAGACAAGCCGGCGACCCUCUCACAAAUUCUCAACCGCACACAGCAGCUGCAAACAGCAGCUGUAGAAGCCUCGGACAGGCUACGCGACCAAUGUGUCCAAUUCAUGCAGACCCAGUCAAUUCGGCUCGAGGACACAGCCGACACCGAACUUGAAGACAUACCAGGCAUAGACCAGUGCAUGAAUGAGCUCAUGCAGUGCAUACUGUACACGGAGCUGCGCAAGGAUAUCCGCCAAGUGACUGAUGCCCUCGAGGGUGUUCAGCACCGGUUGAUGAGCAGCAGACAAAAUACAAAUAAUGUGACCGAGCUAAGCUCGCCAAACAACGAGGAGGCGGCGUCAGUUGAUGAGCCACCGGAAACACCGACAAUGCUGUCUGCAUCAGAUACGUUUAGGACUGCUCGCGGUAUGCCGCUGUACACCGAUUUUGAACACACCCAGGAUGUUCCGGAUAUCAAUGUCGAUGAGGAUGUUGCUGAGGCGCAGGCGGUUUCUGAAACGCUCAAGGACUUGAAACAGCUUGAGCAGAGGCUGUAUGAGGCCUGUAUGGAGAUUGACGAAUGGCGGCGCACCCCCUGCGUGUCUGCGCUUAUAUCUAGCAUUGGCCCGCGACAGCCAGAUGCCUUCAGUGACUCCCAAUCUCCCUCGGUGGGGUCAUCGGCUUCUGUUCGGCUGCCUGUCGACAGGAUCAUCGGUGAGGCAUUGGAGAGACGGCGCACGCGUUCUUGCAGUGUGGGCUAUCUGGCCAUACAUCAGGGUUGGAAUGACUGCGGAAUGGGCUCGAGCCAUCCUGCACCACCGCUUCCUCCAAUAAGUAGGUUGCUUCAGGUCGAGCGUGAGGCUGAGGCGCUGCGUCCUCUCAUUAUUAAUCGCCCUGUUUGGUCACCACCACCGAUACAGUCGUUGGCCUUUAAUGCGCCCUAUUCGCCCGGCCAACUCUCAUCCCAACCGCAGUUCAACUCCCUCCGCCUUAUCGACACGCCCAUCUCAUCAACGCCCAGCGAGGAUACUGCUAGUACUCGGUAUCGGACCAUUGCUGACGACGUGCGCAUCAUCGGUUGGGUGACAAAGGGCAGCGGACUGGAUAUUCACACGGAAUUCAAAGUAGUCGUGCAUUUGACCAAGGGUGAAAUCUGA